CCUACGUUAUGAGACAACAUGAGAAUUGACCAACGUGAUAGACACCAAAAACAAGUGUACCUGCUGCUAUCUUGACCACGUCACAACUAUCUAGACUAGACUUCGGAGUCAAAGUUAAGCAUUAGCGAACCACUAUUUAAAAAAAAACAAAAAACAGAACAACAACAAUGGCGCUCCUAUUCGCUACGUUUCUGCUGUAUUCUGUUUCCAGUGUCAACGGAUUUUUUCAAUGUCCUGUGUGCACGGACCGAGGCGACCCUGCCUCCUGUACUGGAACCAUUGACUGCGAUGUCAACUUUAACGUAUGUGAGCUGAGCAUAUUUUUGAAGGAACAGAAUCGCAUUGAAUUCACCUGCAGCGAUAGAGCGUCCUGUUCUCAGGCUGAGACCAAGGAAUGCAGUCCAGACAAACAAGACAAGUGUGUCUUCUGCUGCAACAACCUGGGAACAUGUCGGGAACAAGCGUACCUUGUUUUCUCAGAUUUUUUGACAACUACACAUAGGCCUGCAGUUUCCACAGUCAUAAAGGAAACAGAUCCACCAACAACAACAUUGACAACCACAUUAGGACCAAGUAUGUGCAUACAGUGCGGCAAAAACACACCAUGUGACCUGAAAACUGUGGACAGCCUGACCCCCCAAAUCUGCAAUGUAGAAUACCCAUACUGCUUCACUACCAUCAUCCAGGAUCAUGGCAACAAGAUUGUUUACAAAGGGUGCCAGGAACAUGACUUCUGUUUGGCCAAAUACCAGCAAGAAACAAUGAGCAAGCCUGAGUGCCUUACUGGCGACUAUGCUGGUCAGGUGGUCAACUGUACGUUUUGCUGUACUGGAACAGCGUGCAAUAGCCCGGACAAACCAAUCGACAGCACACUGUUACAUUUACAGUAAAAAAAAAAAAAAAAGUCACGAUGACGUAAUAUCCAAAUCAGCAGACGAUUUGACUUCAUUGAAAAUGGAACUUUUUUUUUACCGGCAAUGUGUUACAUUUUUGACUUGCUGGUUCGUGUUUGUUCACUAACCUAUAAAAGCUGAUAAACUCA